UUUCUUUGUAAUUGCUGCCAUGGGAAGAUACUUGACUAUGCUGCUGCUGCUGAUGCUGCUGGUGCAGCAUUUUGGAAACUGUGAAGGAAAUCAAAGGCCACAUCAUGCUCCAUCAAUGCAAUUUACAGAAAUACAGUAUAAUGCCACUGUGUAUGAGAAUUCUGCAGCCAAGACUUACGUUGGGCAUCCAGUGAAAAUGGGCAUUUACAUUACAAAUCCACUGUGGGACAUAAGAUACAAAAUUAUUUCUGGUGACAGUGAGAACUUGUUCAAAGCUGAAGAGUAUGUUCUUGGAAACUUUUGCUUUUUGAGAAUACGGACCAAGGGAGGCAACACAGCUAUCCUUAACAGAGAGGUGAAGGACCAUUAUAUGCUGACUGUUAAAGCAGUUGAAAAAAAUACAAAUGCUGAAACUCGCACGAAGGUCAGGAUACAGGUACUGGAUACAAAUGACUUGCGGCCUUUGUUUUCUCCAACAUCGUACAGCGUUUCUUUGCCUGAGAACACAGCAAUAAGGACCAGCAUCGCAAGAGUCAGCGCGACAGAUGCAGAUAUAGGAACAAAUGGAGAGUUCUACUACAGCUUUAAAGAAAGAACGGAUGUGUUUGCCAUACAUCCAACUAGUGGAGUGGUAGUUCUGACUGGUAGACUUGACUACUCAGACACAAAGCGUUAUGAGAUGGAAAUUCUUGCAGUGGACCGUGGGCUGAAGCUGUAUGGUAGCAGCGGCAUAAGCAGUAUGGCAAAACUAACGGUUCACGUGGAGCAAGCAAAUGAACAUGCCCCUGUCAUUACAGCUGUUCCAUUGACUCCAUCAGAGUCAGACCCAGAUCCCACGUAUGCAAUUGUAACCGUAGAGGACAAUGACCAGGGUUCGAACGGGGAAAUAGCAUCAUUAAAUAUUGUUGCAGGAGAUGCACUUCAACAGUUCAAAACAGUAAGGUCUGUUCCAGGUGGCAAAGAAUACAGAAUAAAAGCCAUUGGUCCCAUUGACUGGGAGAGUCACCCUUUUGGAUACAACCUUACCCUUCAAGCUAAAGACAAAGGGAAUCCCCCACAAUUUUCUUCUGUAAAAGUUGUUCAUGUGACAUCACCACAAUUUAAAUCUGGUCCUGUCAGAUUUGAAAAAGAGAUAUAUAGAGCUGAAAUAAGUGAAUUUGCUCCUCCAAACACACCUGUGAUAAUGGUGAAAGCUGUGCCUAGUUACCCACAUUUAAAAUAUGUAUUUAAAAACACACCAGGAAAAGUAAAAUUCAAUUUAAACGCUCACACUGGUCUUAUUACCACAUUAGAACCCAUAAAAGCACAAUAUGCAUCCCAUUUUGAACUUGAAGUUGUGACAAGUGACAGAAGAGCUUCUGCAAAAGUAUUAAUUAAGGUACUAGGCAUGAAUAGCAAUCCUCCUGAGUUUACUCAGACAUCCUAUAAGGCCUCCUUUGAUGAAAAUGUGCCAAUAGGUACAAGUGUCAUGAGAGUGAGUGCAAAAGACCCUGAUGAAGGGGAAAAUGGUUAUGUGACCUAUAGCAUUGCCAACCUAAAUCCUUUGCCAUUUGUGAUUAACCAUUUCAGUGGGAUUAUUAGUACCUCAGAAGACUUGGAUUAUGAAUUGAUGCCAAGGGUUUACAAUUUAAGGAUUCGAGCCUCUGAUUGGGGUAUACCGUAUCGCCGAGAAGUUGAAGUUCCUGUUACUAUUAUUUUAAAUAACUUGAAUGACAAUAUACCUCUGUUUGAGAAAAUAAAUUGUGAGGGAAUAAUCCCCAGGGACCUUGGUGUUGGAGAGCAAAUAACAACCGUAUCUGCUAUCGAUGCUGAUGAGCUCCAGUUGGUGAGAUACCAAAUUGAAUCUGGAAAUGAACUGGAUUUAUUUAGCCUAAACCCAAAUUCUGGAGUACUUUCUCUCAAACAAUCACUAAUAGAUGGCCUAGGUGCUAAAAUGUCUUUUUACAGUUUGAAAAUUACAGCUACAGAUGGAGAGAACUUUGCACAACCAUUGUAUAUCAACAUAACUGUAGCUAAUAGUCGCAAACCAGUGAACUUGCAGUGUGAAGAAACUGGUGUUGCCAAAAUGCUUGCAGAGAAACUCUUACAAGCAAAUAAGUUGCACAAUCGUGGAGAAGUUGAGGAUGCUUUCUUUGAUACUCACUCUGUGAAUCUGCAUGCACCUCAGUUUAGAAGUACUCUUCCCAGUAGCAUUGAGAUAAAAGAAGACCAACCUGUGGGCUCUAGCAUAAUAUCUGUGAAUGCUGCUGAUCUUGAUACCGGCUUCAAUGGAAAGCUAGUGUAUGUUAUUUCUGGAGGUAAUGAGGACAGUAGUUUCAUUGUUGAUAUGGAAAGAGGAGUGCUGAAAAUUCUAUCUCCCCUUGACCGAGAACUAAAAGAUAAAUAUACUCUCAAUAUUACUGUCUAUGAUCUUGGAAUACCACAGAAGUCUGCCUGGACCCUUUUAGAUAUAAAAAUUUUGGAUGCUAAUGACAACCCACCGGAGUUCCUCCAAGACAGCUAUUUUGUUGAAGUAAGUGAAAACAAAGAGCCCAACAGUGAAAUAAUUCAAGUUGGAGCUACUGAUAAAGAUUUAGGGACUAAUGGAGAAGUGAAAUACUCUCUUCUUACAGAUACAGACAAGUUUACUAUUAAUUCUGUGACAGGAGUUGUGAAAGUUGUAGGGGUCCUGGAUCGGGAGGAACAGCACAUUUAUUUGUUGAAAAUUGAGGCUAGGGACCAAUCUACUGAAGAACCUCAAUUAUUUUCAACAGUUAUUCUGAAAGUGGCUGUAGAAGAUGUAAAUGACAAUCCUCCCAAAUUUAUUCCUUCAAAUUAUCAUGUGAAAAUUCGAGAAGAUCUUCCUGAGGGAACAAUUAUUACAUGGCUAGAAGCGUACGAUCCUGAUUUGGGCCAGUCAAGUCAAGUACGGUACAGUCUUUUGGACAGUGGAGAUGGCACCUUUGAUGUUGACAAAAUAAGUGGGGCAAUACGUGUUGUACAAAGACUGGAUUAUGAAAAGAGACAAUUUUAUAACUUGACCGUGCGGGCCAAGGACAAGGGAAAACCCGUUUCAUUGUCCUCUACCUGCUACGUUGAAGUUGAGGUAGUUGAUGUGAAUGAAAACUUGCACCCCCCACGGUUCUCCAUAUUUGCAGAUAAAGGCUUCAUAAAGGAAGAUGCUCCUGUUGGCUCCUCAGUAAUGACAGUUUCUGCUUAUGAUGAAGAUGCAGGAAGAGAUGGGGAGAUCAGAUAUUCCAUCCGAGAUGGAUCGGGUUUAGGAGUUUUUCGAAUUGAUGAGGAAAAAGGCAUUAUUGAGACUGCAGACCACCUGGAUCGUGAGACUACUUCGCAUUACUGGCUUACUGUUUAUGCAACAGACCAAGGCGUUGUGCCUUUAUCAUCUUUCAUUGAAAUCUACAUAGAAGUUGGGGAUGUUAAUGAUAAUGCUCCUCAGACCACGGAACCAGUUUACUACCCAGAGGUCAUGGAAAACUCACCUAAAGAUGUGUCUGUCAUUCAGAUUGAGGCAUUUGAUCCAGAUUCGAGCUCAAGUGAAAAACUAACCUACAAGAUUACAAGUGGAAAUCCACAGGGAUUCUUCUCAAUAAACCCCAAAACUGGGCUAAUUACAACCACAUCCAGAAAACUAGACCGAGAGCAGCAGGGAGAGCACAUACUGGAGGUAACAGUAACAGACAAUGGUACUCCCGCAAAAUCAACAAUUGCACGGGUGAUUGUGAAGGUCUUAGAUGAGAAUGACAACAAGCCUCAAUUCUUGCAAAAAUUCUACAAAAUUCGGCUUCCGGAGCGUGGUAAGCCUGAGCGAGAGAGAGCUGCCAGGAGAGAGCCAAUCUAUCGAGUUAUUGCUGCAGAUAAAGAUGAAGGCCCCAAUGCAGAGAUCUCCUACAGCAUUGAAGAUGGUGAUGAACAUGGCAAAUUCUUUAUUGAACCAAAAACUGGAGUGGUUUCAUCAAAGAAGUUUUCUGCAGCAAGGGACUACGAUAUCCUUUCAAUUAAAGCUGUAGAUAAUGGUCGCCCACAAAAAUCUUCGACUACGCGGCUUCACAUAGAAUGGAUUCCAAAGCCCGUCCCACCCACAGAGCCUAUUUAUUUUGAGGAAUCAUUUUUUUCUUUUACGGUGAUGGAAAGUGACCCAGUUGCUCACAUGAUUGGUGUAAUAGCUGUUGAACCUCUUGGAACACCACUUUGGUUUGACAUAACGGGAGACAAGCUUGCUAGUGAAGUAUUUUACAUCUUACAGAUGGCUUGUGACCUGAACUGUACAGCAGAAGGUGGCAACUAUGACAGUCGAUUUGAUGUGGACAAGGGCACAGGAACUAUCAUUGUUGCAAGACCCCUUGAUGCAGAACAGAAAUCAAAUUACAACUUGACAGUAGAAGCAACAGAUGGAACCAGAUCUAUCAGCACUCAGGUGUACAUCAAAGUUAUAGACACAAAUAAUCACAGGCCUCAGUUUUCUGCUUCAAAAUAUGAAGUUGUUAUUCCUGAGGAUACCUUACCAGAGACAGAAAUUCUGCAAGUCAGUGCCACAGACAGGGAUGAGAAGAAUAAACUGAUUUACACUAUGCAAGGCAGCACUGAUCCCAUUAGUCUUAAGAAAUUUCGUCUGGACCCUGCAACUGGCUCCCUUUAUACCUCAGAAAAACUGGAUCAUGAGACCAUGAACCAGCAUAUUCUCACAAUAAUGGUCCGAGAUCAAGAUGUUCCUGUGAAGCGCAACUACGCCAGGGUGGUGGUCAAUGUCAGCGACACGAACGAUCACGCCCCGUGGUUCACCAGCCCUGCCUAUGAAGGACGAGUGUAUGAGUCAGCAGCUGUUGGAUCAGCAGUGCUCCAGGUUACAGCAUUAGAUAAGGACAAAGGAAAAAAUGCAGAAAUUGUGUACUCCAUUGAAUCAGGGAAUAUUGGAAAUUCCUUCCUUAUUGAUCCCAUUUUGGGUAUGAUUAAAAUUGCAAAGGAAUUAGAUCGUAGUAACCAGGAAGAAUACAACCUGAUGGUAAAAGCUACAGAUAAAGGACAUCCUCCAAUGAGUGAAGUGACCUCUGUGCGCAUAUUUGUUACAGUUUCUGAUAAUGCCUCACCAAAAUUCACAGCCAAAGAAUAUUCUACAGAAAUCAGUGAAAGUGCCAACAUUGGCAGUUUUGUUGGAAUGGUUACAGCAUACAGUCAGUCUUCUGUAGUUUAUGAAAUAAAAGACGGUAAUUCAGAUGAUGCCUUUGCUAUCAACCCCAACUCAGGUGUCAUCAUUACUCAGAAGAUACUUGAUUUUGAGACUUUGCCUUCUUAUGCUCUUACUGUGCAAGGAACAAACAUGGCUGGCUUGUCCAGUAAUGCAACAGUUUUGGUACAUCUUCGGGAUGAGAAUGACAAUGCACCAAUUUUCAUGCAGGCUGAAUAUACAGGACUCAUCAGUGAAUCAGCUUCAAUUAACAGUGUGGUUCUGACUGACAAGAAUAUCCCAUUAGUAAUUCGAGCUACAGAUGCUGAUAAAGAAUCUAAUGCUUUGCUUGUUUAUCAAAUUGUUGAACCAUCUGUCCGCCAGUAUUUUGCCAUUGAUUCUAGCACUGGUGCCAUUCGGACAGUAAUGAGUCUGGACUAUGAGGAGACAAAUAUUUUCCACUUUUCAGUGCAAGUACAUGAUACAGGCAUACCACGUCUAUAUGCGGAAUACGCAGCUAAUGUUACUAUUUAUGUGAUUGACAUCAAUGAUUGCCCUCCUGUGUUUUCAAGAGAGCUGUAUGAGACAUCCCUUCUGGUUCCAACUUAUAAAGGCGUGAAAGUCAUCAGUGUAAAUGCCACUGAUGCAGAUUCAGGCAUUUUUUCCCAAUUAAUUUAUUCCAUUAUUGAAGGCAACAUUGGAGAAAAAUUUUCAAUAAACCCUAAGACUGGCGAUAUAACAGUACAAAACACAACUCAGUUAAGAAGCAGAUAUGAAUUAACUGUGAGAGCAUCUGAUGGCAGAUUUGCAAGCACUGCAUCUGUAAAAAUUAAUGUGAAAGAAAGCAAAGCAAGCCAGCUGAAGUUCACACAGAGUUCUUACUCUGCAACAGUGCAGGAGAAUUCCACAGAGGCAAAAACAAUAGCUGUUGUUACUGCUAUAGGGAAUCAAAUGAAUAAGCCUUUGUUUUACCAUAUUCUAAAUCCAGACAGCAGAUUUAAAAUAAGCCAAACUUCAGGAGUCCUUUCCACAACAGGAAUACCAUUUGAUCGUGAACAGCAAGAAUCUUUUGAUGUGGUCGUGGAAGUGACAGAGGAAAAUAAACCAUCAGUUGUUGCACACAUUGUAGUUAAAGUCACAGUAGAAGAUGUAAAUGAUAACGUUCCAUUUUUUGUCAAUCUUCCGUAUUAUGCUGCUGUUAAAGUAGACUCGGAAGCAGGCCAUGUUAUUCAACGUGUGACAGCAGUAGAUAAAGAUACAGGCAAAAAUGGAGAGGUGCGUUACUAUCUCAAAGAACAUCAUGAACAUUUCCAAAUUGAUCCUACUGGUGAAAUCUCCCUGAAGAAGAAGUUUGAACCAGACACACUAAAUAAGGAGUAUCUGGUCACAGUAGUGGCAAAAGAUGGAGGAGACCCUGCAUUUUCAGCUGAAGUUACAGUCCCAAUUACAGUUAUGAGUAAAGCUAUGCCGGUGUUUGAAAAGCCUUUCUACAGUGCAGAGAUACCAGAAAACGUUCAGCUCCACAGUCCUGUGGUACACGUACAAGCAAACAGCCCUGAAGGACUCAAGGUGUUUUACAGCAUCACAGGUGGAGAUCCUUUCAAUCAGUUCACUAUCAACUUCAACACUGGAGUUAUAAAUGUUGUUGCCCCUCUUGACUUUGAGUCUCAUCCAGCCUAUAAACUGAGUGUUCGAGCAACUGACUCCCUAAAUGGGGCACAUGCUGAUGUGUUUGUAGACAUAAUAGUGGAAGACAUCAAUGAUAAUCCUCCUGUGUUCACAGAGCAGUCUUACAUUGCAACACUUUCUGAAGCAUCUGUUGUUGGAACAUCUGUUGCACAAGUGAGCGCUACAGAUGCGGAUUCUGGAACCAACAGGGGAAUUUCCUAUCACUUGGUUGAGGAUAAUAGUGAAAGUCAUGACUACUUUCACAUAGAUAGCAGCACUGGACUCAUUCUUACAGCAAAAACUUUAGACUACGAACAAAUUAAGCAACACAAGUUACUAAUAAGGGCCAUAGAUGGUGGCAUGCUGCCCUUGAGUAGUGAUACUAUUGUAACUGUGGAUGUAACUGAUCUCAAUGAUAACCCCCCUCUUUUUAGCCAAUUGCUUUAUGAAGCCAAAAUUAGUGAACUGGCUCCUCGAGGACAUUUUGUGACAUGUGUGCAAGCCUCAGAUGCUGAUAGUACAGAUGUUGGCAAGCUGGAGUAUUCCAUUCUGACAGGCAAUGAUCAGAAGAAUUUUGUGAUUGAUAGUAAAAUUGGCAUUAUCACCAUCUCAAACCUACGCAGACAGACACUGAAGUCACAUUAUAAUCUUAAUGUGUCGGUUUCUGAUGGUGUCUUCAGAAGCUCAGCCCAAGUCCAUAUAAGUGUAAUCAGUGCUAACAUGCACAGUCCUGUUUUCGGCCAGAAUGAGUAUGAGGUUGAACUAGCUGAAAAUGCUCCACUGCAUACUUUGGUUACUGAGGUUAAAGCAACAGAUGAAGACUCUGGUACACAUGGCCACAUCACUUACCACAUAGUAAAUGACUUUGCCAAAGACAGAUUUUAUGCAAAUGAGAGAGGGCAGAUAUUUACCUCGGAAAAGCUUGAUCGUGAAACUCCAGCAGAAAAAGUAAUUGCCAUUAGUUUAAUGGCCAAAGAUUCAGGAGGGAAAGUUGCUUUCUGUACUGUUAAUGUAAUACUUACAGAUGACAAUGAUAAUGCUCCUCAAUUCCGGGCAACAGAGUAUGAAGUAAACAUCGGGACUGAUGUUCCACGGGGUACUUCGGUCAUUAAAGUCUGGGCAUCUGAUGCUGAUGAAGGUACAAAUGCAGACAUCACAUAUUCUAUUGAAGCAGAGUCUGAAAACGUAGAAGAGAAUUUAGAAAUUGAUUCAUUGUCUGGUAUAAUCACUACAAAAGAAAGGUUAAUUGGUUUGGAAAAUGAGUUUCUUACUUUCCUUGUUAGAGCAAUUGAUGGUGGGUCCCCCCCGAAAGAGUCAGUUGUUCCUGUCUAUGCUAGAAUACUCCCACCAGAAGUGCCUACACCAAAAUUUUCAGAACCAUUUUAUUCUUAUACUGUCUCUGAGGACAUUCCAAUUGGAACUGUGAUAGAUGUUAUCAAAGCAGAGCAUAAUCAGACUUUGGUAUAUAGUCUGAUUAAAGGGAACACUCCUGAAAGCAACAGAGAUGACUUUUUUGUGAUUGACCGACAGACUGGAGAGUUGAAACUUGAGAAGAACCUUGAUCAUGAAACAACUAAGUGGUACCAGUUCUCAGUUCAAGCACAGUAUGCAAAUGAAGAUUAUAAUGUUGUUUCCUCAGUAGAGGUUAGCAUUCAAGUAAAAGACACAAAUGAUAACAAACCCAUUUUGGAAUCCAACCCAUAUGAAGCAUUCGUUGUAGAAAACACACCAGCUGGAACACGAGUCAUACAGGUUAAAGGAACUGACUUAGAUUCAGGACUCAAUGGGCAGGUUACUUACAGCUUGGAUCCUUCUCAAGAGCUUGACAUUAUAGAAUCUUUUACCAUAAACAUGGAAACUGGCUGGAUUACCACUCUGAAAGAACUUGAUCAUGAGAAACGAGACAAAUACAAGAUCACAGUGGUUGCAUCUGACCGGGGGGAAAAAAUCCAGCUGUCUUCUAUGGCUGUGGUUGAAGUUACUGUCACAGACGUGAAUGACAAUCCUCCACGGUUCACUGCAGAGAUUUAUAAGGGAACAGUCAGUGAAGAUGACCCUCCUGGUGGGGUAAUUGCCAUCCUGAGUACAACAGAUGCUGAUACAGAAGAAACCAAUAGACAAGUCUUUUAUUACAUAACAGGAGGUGAUCCUUUGGGACAGUUUGCUAUUGAAAAUUUACAAAAUGAAUGGAAGGUCUAUGUCAAAAAGCCUCUGGACAGGGAAGAAAAGGAUAAUUAUCUUCUAAAUAUUACAGCUACUGAUGGGACCUUUGCAGCUAAAGCUGUGGUGGAGGUUAAAGUCCUUGAUGCUAAUGAUAAUAGCCCUGUUUGUGAAAAGACUUUAUAUGCUGAUUCAGUUCCUGAAGAUGCCCUUCCUGGCAAGCUGAUAAUGCAGGUGUCUGCUACAGAUGCAGAUAUUCGUUCCAAUGCAGAAAUUACUUACACACUGCAUGGCACAGGAGCAGAAAAAUUCAGACUUGCUCCAGACACAGGUGAACUGAAAACAUUAAUGUCACUUGAUCGUGAGCAGCAAGCAGUUUAUCAUCUUCUAGUGAAAGCCACAGAUGGAGGAGGAAGAUUCUGCCAAGCUAACAUUAUCCUAACUCUGGAAGAUGUGAAUGAUAAUGCCCCAGAAUUUACAACUGACAGUUACUCCAUUACAGUAUUUGAGAACACAGAGCCUGGAACCCUUUUGACAAGAGUGCAGGCAACAGAUGCAGAUGCAGGGUUGAACCGUAAAAUCCAUUAUGCGCUGGUGAACUCUGCAGAGGGGCAGUUCUCUAUUGAUGAAUUCUCUGGAAUCAUUCGUUUGGAGAAGCCUUUGGAUCGGGAAUUACAAGCCGUGUACACAUUAACUUUGAAGGCCACAGAUGAAGGCUUACCUAGAAGGCUGUCUUCAACAAGUAGUCUUAUAGUUUCUGUUUUGGAUAUUAAUGACAAUCCACCCGUAUUUGAGCAUAGGGAGUAUAGUGCAAGUGUGUCAGAGGACAUUCUGGUUGGAACUGAAGUUCUCCAGAUCUAUGCUGCAAGCAGAGACAUUGAAGCCAACGCUGAAAUCACAUACUCAAUAGUCAGUGGGAACGAACAUGGAAAAUUCAGCAUCGAUUCAACAACAGGAGCCAUUUUUAUCAUUGAGAGUUUGGAUUAUGAAAGUUCUCAUGAGUACUACCUGACAGUGGAAGCCACAGAUGGAGGCACACCUUCAUUAAGUGAUGUUGUAACAGUGAAUAUUAAUGUCACGGAUAUCAAUGACAAUUCUCCAGUGUUUAGCCAAGACACUUACACUGCAGUAAUCAGUGAAGAUGCUAUGCUUGAACAAUCAGUUAUUACAGUUAUGGCAGAUGAUGCUGAUGGACCUUCCAACAACCACAUUCACUACACAAUCAUAGAUGGGAAUCAAGGAAAUCCUUUUACAAUUGACCCUACCAGAGGUGAAAUAAAAGUGACUAAGCUUCUAGACAGAGAAAAGAUUUCAGGAUAUACCUUGACAGUUCAAGCUUCAGAUAAUGGAAGUCCACCUAAACUUAACACAACUACAGUAAACAUUGAUGUUUCUGAUGUAAAUGAUAAUCCUCCAGUGUUCUCAAAAGGAAACUAUAGUGUUAUCAUCCAGGAGAAUAAACCUAUUGGAUUCAGUGUGCUGCAGCUAGUGGUGACAGACAGGGAUUCUUCUCACAACGGCCCUCCUUUUCUCUUCACCAUCCUGACUGGAAAUGAAGAGAGAACUUUUCAGAUUACCCAGCAGGGAGUUCUGACCACAAGCGCUGCGCUGAAUCGCAAAGUGAGAGAUCACUAUUUGCUUCAUGUCAAGGUGUCAGAUAAUGGAAAACCACCGUUGUCAUCUUUGACUUAUAUUGAUAUUAGAGUUAUUGAGGAAAGCAUUUAUUCUCCAGCAAUACUGCCUCUGGAAAUCUUUAUCACAGCCUUUGGGGAAGAAUAUCCAGGUGGUGUCAUUGGAAAAAUUCACGCAACCGAUCAAGAUGUUUAUGAUACCUUGACAUACAGUCUGGACCCCAAAAUGGAAUCCUUGUUCUCUGUUUCCAGUACUGGUGGCAAACUAAUAGCACACAAAAGGUUAGAUGUAGGACAGUACCUCCUAAAUGUCACUGUUACAGAUGGAAAAUUUACAGCUGCAGCUGAUAUUACUGUGCACAUCAGGCAAAUCACACAAGAGGUAUUAAAUCACAGUAUCGCAAUACGCUUUGCAAACCUGUCCCCUGAAGAAUUCAUCGGUGAUUACUGGCGCAAUUUCCAGAGAGCAUUGAGAAACAUCUUGGGCGUGAGGAGAAAUGACAUCCAGAUUGUUAGUUUGCAGCCUUCUGAGCCUCCUUCUAAUCUGGAUGUCCUCCUGAAUAUUGAAAAGUCUGGUAGCUCUCACCACCCAAUGAGAAUUUUGCUCCACAAGAUAAACUCUUCUGUGCCUGACCUAGAGGAGAUUUUAGGUGUCCGGAUAAUUGAUGUGUUUCAUAAGCUCUGUGCCGGCCUAGAUUGUCCUUUGAAAUUUUGUGAAGAAAAAGUAACAGUGGAUGAGAACACCAUGUCAACGCACAGCACAGCCAGGCUGAGCUUCGUUACUCCCCGUCAUCAGAGAACAGCAGUUUGCCUUUGUAAAGAAGGGAAAUGCCCCCUGGUGAACAGUGUGUGUGAAGGAAAUCCAUGUCCUGAAGGUACUGAAUGUUUAGGAGAUCCAAAGGAAGGAAAAUACACCUGUGUUUGCCAAGAUGGCAAAGCUGGACAAUGUCCUGCAUCAGCUGGCUCCGCUGUGACAUUUACUGGGAGCAGCUAUGUGAAAUAUCGUCUCAUGGAAAAUGAGAACAAAGAGGAAAUGAAGCUGACAAUGAGACUUAGAACUUACUCUGCUCAUGCAGUUGUUAUGUAUGCUCGAGGAACAGACUACAGUAUCUUAGAGAUCCAUCAUGGAAGACUGCAAUAUAAAUUUGAUUGUGGCAGUGGACCCGGGAUUGUCUCUGUUCAGAGCACUCAGAUAAACGAUGGCCAGUGGCAUUCCAUAUCUCUUGAGGUGGAUGGAAACUAUGCACGCCUUGUUCUGGACAGGGUGCAUACUGCAUCUGGUACUGCUCCUGGUACGCUUAGGACACUCAACCUGGACAAUCACGUGUUCUUUGGUGGUCAUAUUCGUCAGCAAGGUACAAGACACGGUAGAAGUCCUCAGGUUAGCAAUGGUUUCAGAGGCUGUAUGGAUUCCAUUGUACUAAAUGGACAAGAGCUGCCCCUAAACAGCAAGCCACGAAAUUAUGCACACAUGGAGGAAUCUGUAGAUGUCACUCCUGGGUGCUUACUGACUGCCACAGAUGGAUGCUCAAGCAGCCCCUGUCAGAAUGGAGGCAUCUGCAAUGCACUGUCAAAUGGAGGUUACUACUGCAAGUGUGCACCUUUGUUUAUGGGAACUCACUGCGAUGUAAGUGUGAACCCAUGUGCCUCCAACCCCUGCCUUUAUGGUGGGACUUGCAUCCCAGUCAGUGAUGAUUUUAUCUGCCAGUGCCGAGGACAAUAUACAGGUCAAAGAUGCCAGCUGGGUCCAUAUUGCAAAGACAAUCCUUGCAAAAACAGUGGCAAGUGUAUUGACAGUUUGGAUGGACCUGUUUGUGAGUGUGAAGCUGGCUUUCGUGGAGAAAGGUGCCUGACUGAUGUCGAUGAAUGCGUAGAAAACCCAUGUCUCAAUGGUGCCCUUUGUGAGAAUACAUAUGGUUCAUACCACUGCAACUGUAGUCGUGGAUUUGGAGGCAAACACUGCACAGACAUUGUUCUCAAUAAAUAUGUUUCGACAUCUUGGAACAUUGGCUUAGCUGAAGUGAUUGGGAUUAUUGUUUUCGUCGCAGGAAUCUUCUUGUUAGUUGUGAUUUUUGUUGUUUGCCGCAAAGUGGUUGGUAGGAAGAAGAAGCACCAGCCAGAACCUGAAGACAAGCAACUGGGAGCUACGACAGCCUUCUUGCAAAGACCGUGUUUUGAUGCAAAAUUGAAUAAGAACAUCUAUUCUGACAUCCCACCACAGGUUCCUGUUCGUCCCAUUUCAUACACUCCAAGCAUUCCAAGUGACUCCAGGAACAAUCUUGACAGGAAUUCUUUUGAAGGGUCUGCUAUCCCUGAGCACCCUGAGUUUAGUACUUUUAACCCAGAUUCUGUACAUGGUCACCGGAAAGCUGUAGCUGUUUGCAGUGUUGCACCAAACUUGCCACCUCCACCUCCCUCCAACUCACCUUCAGACAGUGAUUCAAUACAGAAACCCAGCUGGGAUUUUGACUAUGACACUAAAGUAGUAGAUCUUGACCCCUGCCUUUCUAAGAAGCCUCUGGAUGAAAAGAACUCCCAUCCUUACAGUGCAAGAGAAAGCAUGUCUGAGGUCCAGUCUCUCAGCUCCUUCCAGUCUGAAUCCUGUGAUGACAAUGCUUCCGUAGUGACUGUAAUACACCUUGUCAAUGCUGUUGUUGACUCGGUGGAAAAAGAAGAAUCUUUUGCUGUUCCUGACCUCAGCAAUUCAAGAGGUUAUCACUGGGAUACAUCAGAUUGGAUGCCAAGUGUUCAGUUGCCAGGUAUCCAAGAGUAUCCAAAUUACGAAGUGGUGGAGGAGUCAGCUCCCCUCUACACAGAUCCAAAUGCCAUCGAUACAGACUAUUACCCUGGUGGUUAUGACAUAGAGAGUGAUUUUCCACCUCCACCUGAUGAUUUCCAUGCACCUGAUGAGCUUCCACCAUUACCACCUGAAUACAGCGACCAGUUUGAGUCAAUACAGCCACCCAGAGACAUGCCAGCCGUAGGUAGCUUGGGUUCUUCCACAAGGAGCAGGCAGAGAUUUAACCUUAACCAGUACCUUCCCCAUCACUACCCUGCAGACAUGUCAGAACCUCAGACCGCCCCCGGCGGCGGCGGCAGCUACAGAGAGCCGUUCGCUCCGUACUCGCUGGGGUUCAAUCCAGACUUUGAGGCACCCCCUGCAGACAACAUGUCCAUGUCUGUGUACGCUUCCACAGCCUCCUGCUCGGAUGUGUCAGCAUGCUGUGAAAUGGAGUCUGAAGUCAUGAUGAGUGACUAUGAGAGUGGAGAUGAUGCUCACUUCGAAGAUGUGAAAAUUCCUCCGCUUGAUUCCCAGCAACAUACAGAAGUCUGACACACUCAACAAAAGUGCCUGGACUCUAACAAACUUUAUCAAAUCUAGAACAAUUUUCAAGAGCUUUUUUUAUUUUUUCUUUUUUUUUUCCCAACCACGGUGAAUGCUUUUGUUUCAGUGAGCUAAACUGGCAUGGCAGCAUUGGAUCAUGCAGUUCAUUUCACUAAAUGAACCUCUUUCCAUUUCCUGACCUACUGUAUUUGGAAAGUUCUAAGAUUUCCAUUGGCUGUGCCAUUUCUGAACAUCCUUUAUGUACUUACAUUUUCUAUGUUAAAAAAAAAAAUCACAUACCACUUCUCCAUGUUAGCAUGAUGCGUAUAUUUAUAUAGUUCUAAUGCAAUUAAUUUUCUCCUAUUUUUUGUAAAUUUUAUGUACAGUUUUGAUUUUAAUAGUUUUAACUAGAUUUUGUAGAUAUUUUGUGAAUUUGUUUUCCACUGAAACUAGUGGUGUUAGUGUGCCAUUAAAAAUGAGCACCCUGACUUAUUAUAAUCAGGGCAUCACUGUAUGUAUUCCCCUGAAAAACUAAGGUUUGACAUUUCAUUGUAAAACAUUCAACAUAUUCACACAAUUUCAAUUGUACAUACAUUAGGUCUGAUAUUUUUCUGGGUCAGCUAUAUGGAAAUGUCUUAAAUGGGUUGCUGUAUUUUAGAACUGUAAACAUUUUUUUCCCUUCUUGGAAAGUGUGUUGGGGACCCUCUGCAUACCAGUUUAGAACCAAAACCACCAUGACACAGUUUUUAUAGUGUCUGUAUAUUUGUGAUCCAAUGGUCUUGUAAAGGUUUUUACUGAAAAUUACCAUUAGCCAGUCUUUCUUACUGACAAUAAAUUAUUAAUAAAAUACUUUAGCUUUGCUCUGUGUAUCUCUAUUAUAUAAUAUACCAUUGACAAAGCAUUCAGUGCAGCAUUUUUUAAGUCUGUAUAUGUUUUGUACUGUAUUAAGUUACUUGCUCCAAGCAACUCCUUUUCCUCUCCUCUGAAAUCAGCCUGCAGCUGUGUUAGCGAUGCUCACAAGAUGGCAGUGUGUGUCUGCUUAAUGGUGUUUUUAAAAGUAAUCGGGCCAGUCUGAAUAAAGAUUGAUGGGUAUCAAACUGCA